UAAACCGAGUGCCGCCAAUAUAAGUAAAUACCAUAUCCUCCCUCAUCGCCCCUCAACUUUUCUUCAUUCAGAGAGACGCCAGACGAGCACAGCAGCUAGCCAUGGCGGCAGGAAGCCGAACCCCCCACGUCGCCAUCCUCCCAAGCCCCGGACUGGGCCAUCUCAUCCCCCUCGCCGAGCUCGCCAAGCGCCUCGUCCUCCACCACGGCUUCGCCGCCACCUUCAUCACCUUCUCUGACUUCUCCUCUCCGGCGCAAGAAGCCUUCCUCGACUCCCUUCCCCCCGGCCUCUCCUCCCUCUUACUGCCCCCCGUCCCCCUCGACGACCUCCCGGCCGAUGCCCAAAUCGAGACCCGCCUCUGCCACGUCGUCGCCCGCUCCGUCCCCCGCCUCCGCGACAUCCUCGCCACCCUCAAAGCCACCACACCUCUCGCCGCCUACGUCAUCGAUAUAUUCUGUGAAGACACCCUCUGCAUCGCCAAAGAGCUCGGCGUUCCCCACUGCAUGUACUGCACCACCAACUUCACGGCGCUCUCCCUCUUGUUGUACCUGCCCACCCUUCACCGGAACACCUCAUGCGAGUACCGGGACCUCCCCGAGCCGGUGAUCCUCCCCGGGUGCGCGCCCAUCAGGGGAGAGGAUCUUCUGCAUCCCAUGCGAUACAGGAACGACGACGCCUACGCGUGGCUCCUCCACAUCGCCGACCGUGUAAGGGAGCCCGAGGGAAUUCUAGUAAACAGUUUCGUGGAGAUGGAACCGGUGGCCUCCAAGGCUCUCAUGGAGAACGAACCGGGGAGGCCGCCGGUCUACCCGGUCGGGCCAAUAAUCCGGUCCGGUUCCAAUGACAGUGAGGAGAAAUGCUCCGAGUGCUUGGAAUGGUUGGACCGUCAACCUGUUGGUUCGGUUUUAUUUGUCUCGUUUGGGAGUGGUGGGACCCUGUCGAUGGAGCAGCUGGGAGAGGUGGCCUUUGGGCUGGAGAUGAGUGGGACCCGGUUCCUGUGGGUGGUCCGGUGUCCGAGUGAUAAACAGGCUGGUGGGGCGUUUUUUGGUGACAGCAGCGCCGACGACCCACUCAAUUAUUUGCCUGAAGGGUUCUUGGAGAGGACCGAAGGGUCCGGUUUGGUGGUCCGGUUCUGGGGUCCACAGGUUGAAGUGCUGAACCACGGUUCGACCGGGGGUUUUUUGAGUCACGGCGGUUGGAACUCGACUCUGGAGAGCGUGGUCCAUGGUGUGCCUAUGAUUGUGUGGCCGCUGUACGCGGAGCAGAGAAUGAACGCGGUGAUGCUGUCGGAGACCGUGAAGGUGGCGAUGAGGCCCGAGGUCGGGAAGGACGGCGUGGUCCGGAGGGAGGAGAUAUCGAGGGUGGUGAAAGAGUUGAUGGAUGGGGAGGGAGGGAGGGCGUCGAGAGACCGGAUGGCCGAGCUCCGGGAGGCGGCGGCCAAGGCCUUGACGGAAGAGGGGUCGUCUUACAAGGCGCUUGCCGAGGUGGCUGGCAAAUGGAAAGCUGGGAUUGCCGUGUAAAAAUCGGAUAGUGUGUGUUUUUUUUGUCUGUUUGCAUUUUUAUCCAAUUAGUGAUGAAUUAAUGUGCUCAUGUGCGCUGUUUCCUUUGCUUUGGCAUGCUGCUGAUCAACAGUUUGUCUAA